CUGUUUCAUCUGUUUGUGUUUCCCGACAAAAAAUAUAAAUGUUGUUUGUUGUGUAAUUUGACAAAAAAUAAUUAAUUUAUGGAAAAAUUGUUGAAAUUUCCAUGUUUCAGUUGAAAAUAUCGCCAAAGGAAUUUGAAAAGUGCUUCACGGGAAAAAAUAAAUUCUAAAAACGAUAAAAAAGAAAAAUCUUUGCCUGAAAAAGUGUUAACGAAGCAAUAACUGUGAUAAAAAACGUGAAACGAGAGCAAAACUAAUCUUAUAAAAAAUUGAUUCUAUCGAUUUUUCGUGACCUCUUUCGUGUGUUAAAAAAACGUUUAGUUUGUCACAAACGCGCAUUCAUGCCUAAAGUGUGAUUUUUAUCGAUAAAAUUGGAAUAAAAUUUUCAAAAAAAGAGCAACAAAUUAACGUAGAAAAAUGUUCAAUCGUUCAUUUUAUCCGCUUCUGACACGAAAUUUCCCUUUCACUUGUACAACAUGCAGAAUCUUGCAACAAUUUCGUUACUACAACAACCUCACAAGCUCACAAUUUCUCACACAAAGCAAUUUUACUCACAAAAAGCACCGCUUUUCUCUUAGCACAAGUAGGAAAUUUUAUGAUUUUAAUAGAGUAAAAGAUAUUUUUGUUACGUUGGAUGACAAGUCCGGGAACAUGGUUUUGAACCUCUAUCAAUAUGUCCUCGAGUUACCGAGAUGGCAUUUUAUGGCGAUGCUGUUCUCGGGAUAUCUCUUUUAUUACUUCAUGGAAGUCGUGAAAAGACCAAUUUUAGCUGUUAAGGAGGGUCCGUUUAAGCAAUUCCUGUUGACACAUGUCCCGAUAUUGGAGAUGAAAUUUUGGCCGACUUUUUGGUGUGUCGAGCCACGAGCACAAACAGUAUUUGCGAGCAUUUUACGAUCAACUGUGUUGCCUAAAAUUAAUUAUCGGAGAGAAUUAUUUACCAUGAAAGACGGCGGCGAAGUAGCUCUCGAUUGGUUAGAGACAAAUUGCGCUCCCGAUAGUCCUCUUAUCAUCAUUUUGCCCGGUUUAACGGGCGAAUCGCAAGCCGAAUACAUCAAAUGUCUCGUAAUGUCGGCAAAUCGCGUCGGAAUUCGCACCGUUGUCUUCAAUCAACGCGGCUUGGGAGGAGUUACGCUCAAAACGCCGCGUUUAUAUUGCGCCGCCAACUGCGAGGAUUUAUGCGAAGUUGUCGAACACGUUCGUAGUUUGAACCCCAAUGUAAAUAUCGGAGCAACGGGCAUCUCCAUGGGCGGCUUAAUUCUCGGAAAUUAUCUUGCCAAACACGCCGAAGAAGCAGCAAAAUAUUUAACUUCCGCCAAAAUCAUCUCAGCUCCAUGGAAUGUCUUCAAGGGCUCCGACAGCAUCGAGAAACCCUUCUUGAACAACAUGCUGGGACGUCAUUUGGCCGAUAGUUUGUGCAAAACUGUCGAUCAAUACGACAUUUUGAAGAGCAAGGAAUUCACGUGGGACAUGAACAAAGUUCUGCAAAGCAAGACAAUUAAGGAAUUCGACUCGCAAUUCACUGCCAAGCAUUUUGGGUUCAAGGAUGUCGAUCAUUAUUACACGGAAGCGACGAUGCACGACAAAUUGCACUCCAUCAAAGUGCCGGUUUUGUGUUUAAGUGCUGCCGACGACCCCUUUCAACCGUUGGAUGCGUUGCCAUUACAAGAUGCGGAAUCGUCGUCGCACGUUUGCUUCGUCGUAACAGCACGCGGAGGACAUAUCGGCUUUUUGGAAGGUUGGUGGCCUACUUCGAACGAUCAGUACAUGAGUCGUCUCUUCUGUCAAUUCUUCUCGUCGACCCUGAAUGAUCAAGUUACCGAAUUUGAGAAGGUUACGGGACAGCUGAAGAGCAGCGUGCAACUUUGUGAUUGAACUCGAAUCCAGUUUUAACCCCAGAUUUGAAUUAUUUUUUGUGUUUUUUCACCUCUGAGCACUUAAUCUUUAAAAAAAUAUAAAAAAUUUUAACAAAUUAUUAAAAAAAAUAAAAAAUUACCUUAAAAAAAAUUUGUUAAAAAUAUUAAAGGAUUGCCUUUUAGUAGUUCAAAACGCUACCUUUGAUAGAUUUUAAAAAUAAAAAUAAAAAAUAGAGCAAAGACUGCUCACAACUAAUAAAAAAAAAUAAACAAAAAUAAAAUACGUUCCUUAGCACGAAUAAAAAAAAAACAAAUGAAAGUAUUUUGCAAUUAUUGUUAGGAUUUUUAGAAAAAAAAGCUCUCUUUAGUCUUUAAGAGUUUUCUUUUGU